AGGUCACCAACGAAGACAGCACGUUUACUAACAUUUACCUCCUUUCGCAGUGGGACAGAAAUCUACGACUCCAGCACGUUUGUCUGUUGUUCUUGGAGUUGUUUCUUCGAAAAUUGCUAUCAAUCUUAGUUCAAACACCCUGCACCAAAGCCCUAAGCGUCCAUGCAACUCAAGGACGAGUCUAAUUUCCAAGUUCUGACAGGAUUGCAAACAUUGUCUUUGACAGAGAGCUGAACAAACAACAGUUGCCAGGAUUCAGCUGCUUUUUGAACUACUGGAAUCGACCACAGGUAAAUUUUAUUACUUUCAAAAUUGACAGACUAAAUUUUAAUAUUCACGCUCUACUUAUCAAAACUUGUUAGCUAAAUCGGGAGAUGAUGGGUUUCCGAUCGCCUCUUCUUAAACCUUUUAAAGUCGGUUUGAAUGCGUUGGUUUAUUCCUUUCGUCUCACAACCGGACCUACUAAGCACCUGUCGAAAUUGAAUCAAGUUCAGCACCAAUCAAAGUCUUUGGUGACUACUAGCGUCAUUACUGCUCCAUCGUCGUUGAAAAAGAUAGAAAAGCACAUCGUUUACUCCCGCCACGCAGAUUGUUACCUCCACAAUCAAACGGUGGUGCAGCGAUUCUUCGAACGAGCUUCUUUAUGGCCCAAUCUUACAGCUUUGGAAUGUGGGCUCACAGGACGGAAGUACUCUUAUGACAAGGUACGUGAAUUGGUCCGCCGUUUCGGCAGUGCUCUAGUUCGGAUGGGUUUUAAGAAAGGUGAAGUAUUCGGAAUGAUUCUUCCGAAUCUUCCGGAAUUUCCAAUUGUUUUACUCGGAGCGGCUGGCAUUGGAAUGCCAGUUACCACCGUGAAUCCUACUUACACCGUCGAAGAAGUUGCGCGCCAAUUGAAAAAUUCAAAUACCACCGUCGUCGUGACCAUUCCGCAAUUGACGGGAACACUCCGCCAAGUGGCUCAACUGUGCCCGGAAUUACGUCGUCUUAUUGUCCUGGGAAAUCCUGAAGAAGGUUUCACUUCCAUUUGGGAAAUGUUGCAGGAUUCCGGUGACCUUUUCGACGAGAACAUAAAGAUUGAUCCUUCGAUGGACACAUUUGUGUUACCCUAUUCAAGCGGAACAACAGGUCUUCCCAAGGGCGUUUUGCUUACGAAUUCAAAUGUUACCGCCAACAUUCAACAAAUCGAGCAUCCAGGAACGAUGAAAGUAUCUUCUUGUCCAGCAACAAACUGUGAUGCGUCAGAUUUGCAAGAGGUCUUCGUUUGUGUGCUCCCGUUUUUCCACAUAUAUGGGAUGGUGAGCGUGAUGCUGACCGGCUUAGAUCAUGGCGCCAAGUUGGUGACUCUACCUCGUUUUGAAAGCGAAUCUUUCCUGGAAAAUGUUCACCAACAUCGACCUACGAUGUUGCAACUCGUUCCUCCGUUGGUUUCGUACCUCUCAGUUCGUCCUGAUUUGAAAUUGGAUUCCUUUCGCCGAUUGCAUACCAUCAUUAUCGGCGCUGCACCACUGGGACCGGCGGUUGCCAACAUGCUAAUCGAGCGUUUGGGCAAGCCCGAUUUAUUGAUGCAAGAAGGUUACGGGAUGACUGAAACAUCUUCAGUGACUCAUUUGAGCCCAAUAGUGAACAACAAAAUCGGUUCGUUUGGAGAGCCGCUGUCUCGGACCCAAGUCAAAGUUGUGGACGUUGAGACCGGCGAAUCCUUGGGACCUGGCCAACAAGGCGAGAUGUGUGUGCGGGGCCCGCAAAUGAUGAAAGGUUACCACAGCAACGAAAAGGCCACCAGAGAAACUGUCGACAGCGAUGGAUGGCUUCACACCGGAGACAUUGUUUAUUACGAUGAAGAAAAUCAGUUUUUCGUCGUCGACCGGUUGAAAGAGCUGAUCAAAGUGAAGGGGCUUCAGGUGUCUCCUUCAGAACUGGAAGAUGUUAUACGACGCCAUUCUGGUGUUUCGGAUGUCGCAGUUAUCGGUGUACCAGAUGAGAUCGCUGGUGAACUUCCACGCGCUUACGUGGUCAAGAAGAAGGGAGUCGUGGUGUCUAAAGAAGAUAUCGCCGAAUUCGUGGACGUCAAAGUGGCUCCUCACAAAAAGUUGAAGGGUGGCGUAGUCUUCCUCGACUCGAUUCCCAAGACCAACACUGGAAAGUUACUUCGCCGUGAACUGAAAAAUCUCAGUAGGCCUACGUCAUCAUUAUGAAGUUGACUUUAAUUUAGGCAUCUUUGGUGCGUUCAAUCCUAAAAUUUUUAAUGAAAUUAUAUUUCUAUAGUUCCUACUUUUGGGCGUAUGCAA